GAGGCGCAUUCACCGCGACGAUGGAGGAAGAGAAGAAUCUGACGACGGAAGACUUUUACACUGUGCAAAACGAAUAUUGGCGUCAAGCGAACGAAUCCGAAGGAUUCGAUUUAGAGAACAUUUCACUACCAUCAUCUGGAUUUGUGAUCACCGGACUGCUCCCUAUCGACUGCCAAAAAUAUUAUUAUCCUUGUCGUAUCUUGAUGGAGCUUUAUGCUAAGGUGGGGCUUUAUCGUUACAACAUGUUGGAGGGAACUAACUUCCAGUUCGAUUCCCUAAUAAAAUUCAACAUCUCACAGACCUGUUUCCCAUCUUACUACAUGACUCUUUUUGCACAAGAUCCAGUUGCUUGCCCGUCGGGUAAAACCUUUCAAGUUCGAGUUGGUGACCAACAUUUUCGCACUUUGGCCCUAGUGUGCUCCGUUGCUAGACCUAAAGGCGAAGUGACCACUGAGACCCCCUUCAUACCUCACUUUGAUGGUGGUGCAGCCGCGGAUGGUAUCUUCAAAGGUGAAUUGCCUGAUUGGCCCUCAGAUGAUGCUUUGAAAGACGAAAAACGAUUUUACUUGGUGAAGAAGUCAGAGUGGCAAGCCACUGAUUGGAUUUCAAUGUUUCUGGAACUUGUAGUUUGUGAAAAUGAUACAUCCAUCGCUGAGGAUCGCAAAGUUGUGUCCAAGUUGGAGAUUGUGAAAGUCGUGGUAGAAACUGCUACUGAAGAUGUGGAGCUGCCGAUCGAGAGACUCAAGACCAAAAAUGCAAAUGUCUACAUAAUGUUUAAAGGCAUGGCAGAGCUUCAAGCCCAUAGGCGGGUUUUUGAGAUUGGUGUGGAUGUUGAACGCAAAGCUAUAGUUAGAAGGGUCAUGGAUAAUUCAGGAGACUUAUUUCUCACUGGUAAGCUUUGUGGUGGUCAACCUAUCAAAAAGCGGAGAAGACACCCUUGGUUGUGAAGCGAGCUUAGGCUAUGUGUGGUGGCGUUUAGCUUGUUUUUACAAGUGUGGCUACAGUGUAAAGCAUCGACGUUUUCCAUGCACCUUUUCGAUGGAAUUGGAUAAUAUUCUAGCUUUCUAACAUGGGUUAUUUA